CUGGCUGGGCAAGGGGCACUUGGUAGACCUGCCCUCAAAGCCCCUUUACUUGCUCUAGAAGUGGCUAGGGAUUUGUGAUGCUUCGGACCUGUCGUGUGCUCUGUUCCCAAGCUGGACCCUCCCCUGGGGGCUGGAAGCCCUUGAAUUUUGAUGGAGGGGCUUUUCACCUCAAAGGCACAGGAGAACUGACCCGAGCUUUGCUGGUGCUGCGGCUGUGUGCCUGGCCCCCUCUGGUCACACAUGGCCUGGCGCUUCAGGCCUGGUCUCGGCGACUCCUGGGCUCCCGGCUCUCGGAUGCCUUUCUCCGAGCGUCUAUCUACGGGCAGUUUGUGGCUGGUGAGACAGCAGACGAGGUGAAGGGCUGUGUCCAACAGCUCCAGGCCCUAGGCCUCCGGCCUCUGCUGGCAGUACCCACUGAAGAGGAGCCAGACUCAGCUGUCAAGACGGGUGAGGCCUGGUAUGAAGGGAACUUCAGUGCUAUGCUUCGGUGUGUGGACCUGUCACGUGGCCUCCUGGAGACCCCUGGCCCGACUGGGAACAUCCUCAUGCAGCUGAAGGUGACGGCGCUGACCAGCGCUCGGCUCUGUAAGGAGCUAACCUCCUACAUCAGAAAACCAGGGGCUUCCUUGGAGCUGAGCCCCGAGAGGCUGGCAGAAGCCAUGGACUCUGGGCAGGAUCUCCAGGUCUCCUGCCUCAGCGCAGAGCAGAACCAGCAUCUCCAGGCCUCUCUGAGCCGCCUGCACCGGGUGGUCCAGCACGCCCGGGCCCAGCACGUGAGGCUCCUGGUGGACGCUGAGUACACCUUCCUGAACCCGGCUCUCUCUCUGCUUGUGGAUGCCCUGGCCAGGCGCUGGAACAGCCCUGGGGAAGGCGGGCCCUGGGUGUGGAACACUUACCAGGCCUAUCUGAAGGACACACACGAGCGGCUGAGGCAGGCCGUGGAGGCCGCUGACAGGUCUGGCCUGGCCUUCGGAGUCAAGUUGGUACGAGGGGCAUAUCUGGACAAGGAGAGACAGGUGGCUCGGCACCAAGGGACAGAAGACCCCACUCAGCCAGACUAUGAGGCUACCAGUCGGAGUUACAGCCGCUGUCUGGAACUGAUGCUGACCCAUGUGUCCCACCGUGGCCCCAUGUGCCACCUCAUGGUGGCUUCCCACAAUGAAGAAUCUGUUCGCCAGGCAACCAAGCGCAUGUGGGAGCUGGGCAUUCCUCUGGACGGGCCUGUCUGUUUUGGACAACUUCUAGGGAUGUGUGACCACGUCUCCUUGGCACUGGGGCUGUGGGGGCGUCUCUCAGAGGAGGGGGAUGCUGCGCAAGCGCAAGCCACCGAAGCGCAUGCGCCCCAGGUUCCAGCUCCGCGGUGCCUGGGUCACGUGGUAAGCACUGCUGGAGCGCAACGGUAGGUGCAAAGAGCUGUGGGCUGGAGCCUAGACUCCAGAAUCUUCCUAGAGCUUCCUGGGCCCUCAGACUAGACCCCACUGCCAGACCUCGGCCUUCCCUCAUACUCCUCCCUCCUUCCCACGCCUGGUGGCCCGCAGAACCUACCCGUUUUCAGACUCCGGCUCCCAGCCCACAGACAUAGCCCUCAGGUCCCCUUCCUCAGUCCCCUCCCAUAGCCCACAGACCCUACCCCAGCACCCAGAGGCUUCCCUCAACCUCAGUCCGUGUCCACAACCCUCAGACCCUCUCCCAGCCCGCAGAGCCUGCCUCAGCGCCUUAGCCCCUGCCCUGACUGCCCUCCCUUCCACCCCCUCCUGUAGCUUGGAGACCCUACCCCUUCUCAGGCCAAGCCCUCAGGCCCCUCUUCACCAGACCCUUUUCCUAAACCAUUAGUGUCCUUUCCAGAGCUCAGGUCCUGUCCCUGGAGCCCUUACACCCCCUCCCCCAGAGAGAAUGCCCAGCCCCCAGACUCCCUUAGACCCCAGACCUGCCGGUCUGGUCGUUAGCUCUCCCUGUCCGACCACUUUCCCCAUUCAAACACCUAACAGCAAAGCAGACUCCUCCUGAGUCUCCUCUC